AUGUUUACCUGGAGGUGCCUCCUCUUUUGGGCUGUGCUGGUCACAGCCACGCUGUGCACUGCAAGGCCAGCACCAACCCUGCCAGACCAAGCCCAGGGAUGGAGCUCGAAAAUUGAAGUGGAGUCGCAUUCGGCUCACCCUGGCGACCUCCUCCAAUUGCGCUGCCGGCUACGGGACGAUGUCCAGAGCAUCAACUGGGUGCGAGACGGGGUCCAGCUGUCAGAGAACAACCGGACGCGCAUCACUGGGGAGGAGGUAGAGGUCAGGGACGCUGUGCCUGAGGACUCAGGGCUCUAUGCCUGCAUGACCAACAGCCCCUCAGGGAGCGAGACCACCUACUUCUCCGUUAAUGUCUCAGACGCUCUUCCAUCCGCUGAGGAUGACGACGACGAUGACGACUCCUCCUCGGAGGAGAAGGAGGCAGAUAACACCAAACCGAACCGGAUGGCUGUGGCUCCCUACUGGACAUACCCCGAGAAGAUGGAGAAGAAGCUCCAUGCUGUCCCAGCUGCCAAAACGGUGAAGUUCAAGUGCCCGUCGAGCGGGACACCCAGCCCCACGCUGCGCUGGCUGAAAAACGGCAAGGAGUUCAAGCCCGACCACCGCAUCGGUGGAUACAAGGUCCGCUACGCAACCUGGAGCAUCAUCAUGGACUCAGUGGUGCCGUCCGAUAAAGGCAACUACACCUGCAUCGUGGAGAACAAAUAUGGGAGCAUCAACCACACCUACCAGCUCGACGUAGUGGAGAGAUCACCUCACCGGCCCAUCCUCCAAGCUGGGCUGCCCGCUAACAAGACCGUGGCCCUGGGCAGCAAUGUGGAGUUUGUGUGCAAAGUUUACAGCGACCCACAGCCCCACAUCCAGUGGCUGAAGCACAUAGAGGUCAAUGGCAGCAAGAUCGGACCCGAUAACUUACCCUACGUGCAGAUCCUGAAGACGGCUGGAGUUAACACAACAGACAAAGAAAUGGAAGUCCUUCACUUAAGGAAUGUCUCAUUUGAGGAUGCUGGGGAGUAUACAUGUUUGGCGGGUAAUUCUAUUGGGAUCUCCCAUCACUCUGCAUGGUUGACAGUUCUCGAAGCUAUUGAAGACAGGCCGGCCAUGAUGACCUCAUCGCUGUAUCUGGAGAUCAUCAUUUACUGCACGGGGGCCUUUCUCAUCUCCUGCAUGGCGGUGACCGUCAUCAUCUACAAGAUGAAGAGCACCACCAAGAAGACCGACUUCAACAGCCAGCUGGCCGUGCACAAGCUGGCCAAGAGCAUCCCGCUGCGCAGACAGGUGUCAGCAGACUCCAGCUCCUCCAUGAACUCAGGGGUGAUGCUUGUCAGGCCCUCGCGACUCUCCUCCAGCGGUACCCCAAUGCUGGCAGGCGUCUCGGAAUACGAGCUUCCCGAAGACCCUCGGUGGGAGCUCCCCAGGGACAGGCUCAUCCUGGGUAAGCCUCUGGGUGAAGGCUGCUUUGGGCAGGUGGUUCUCGCUGAAGCCAUCGGCCUGGACAAGGACAAGCCAAACCGAGUGACUAAAGUGGCAGUCAAGAUGCUGAAGUCUGAUGCUACGGAGAAGGAUUUAUCUGACCUGAUAUCUGAGAUGGAGAUGAUGAAAAUGAUUGGCAAGCACAAGAACAUCAUCAACCUCCUGGGAGCCUGCACUCAGGAUGGUCCACUCUAUGUGAUCGUGGAGUAUGCGUCCAAAGGCAACCUGCGGGAGUACCUGCAGGCCCGGCGGCCCCCCGGCAUGGAAUACUGCUACAACCCGACCCACCUCCCUGAGGAGCAGCUCUCCUUUAAGGACCUGGUGUCCUGCGCAUACCAGGUGGCCAGGGGGAUGGAAUAUCUGGCAUCCAAAAAGUGCAUCCACAGAGACCUGGCUGCCAGGAACGUCCUGGUGACGGAAGACAAUGUGAUGAAGAUCGCAGACUUCGGCCUGGCCCGGGACAUCCACCACAUAGAUUACUACAAGAAGACGACUAAUGGUCGCUUACCAGUGAAGUGGAUGGCACCGGAGGCCUUGUUCGACCGAAUAUACACCCAUCAGAGCGACGUGUGGUCCUUCGGCGUGCUGCUGUGGGAGAUCUUCACACUGGGUGGCUCGCCGUACCCCGGGGUGCCCGUUGAGGAGCUCUUCAAGUUGUUGAAAGAAGGCCACAGAAUGGACAAGCCCAGCAACUGCACCAAUGAGCUAUACAUGAUGAUGCGAGAUUGCUGGCACGCAGUCCCAUCCCAGAGACCCACCUUUAAGCAGCUGGUAGAAGACUUGGAUAGGAUCGUGGCCAUGACCUCCAACCAGGAAUACCUGGAUCUUUCCAUGCCGCUGGACCAGUAUUCUCCCAGUUUCCCAGACACCCGCAGCUCCACCUGUUCCUCGGGGGAGGACUCAGUUUUUUCCCAUGAUCCCCUUCCAGACGAACCUUGUCUUCCCAAGUACCCGCAUCAGCACGCCAACGGUGGACUUAAACGACGCUGA